GGCCCCGGCUAACGGCCGCGAGCCACACUUCGGCAGCUGCCGCGGGGAGCGAAGUUGCCGGCUCUCGAGUCGUCCCCCUCUCCGCCCCCCACAGGAGGGGCGAGAGGGAGCCGCAGUCCCUGUCAGGAAUGGUAGAUGGUACAGCAGUGGAAAAUUCAACUGAACUUAAACUCUUCUGAGACUGACUUGAUUAUAUCUAGUAUUAAGGGGCUGGAGGAAUUGUACAGCAAGUAGGCACUUGCCUUGUACAUGGCUGGCCAAGGUUUGAUCCCUGACACCCUAUAGAGUCCCCUGAGCACUGCCAACGAGUAUCCUUGAGCACAGAGCCAGAAGUAACCCUGAGCACAGCCAGAUGUAACUCCAAAACAAAAAAAAAAUAUACAUUUUCAGGAAAUGGCCUCUAAACCUUGGCUGAAUUUUUUAACGUUCCUCUGUGGAUCUGCAAUUGGAUUUGUUUUAUGUUCUCAGCUAUUUGGUAUCAUGUUGGGACAACAGGAGGAUACCCAGCCUGUUCUUCCAAAUGAUCCUCAUGGAGGACAUCUUGAUGAUGUGGAACAGAAUCCUAUAAAAGGACAGAUGAACUUCAAUGCAGAUGCUAGCCAACAUAAAGAUGAAAACACAGUUGUUGCUGAGCACCUCUAUCAGAAGGUUAAAAUUCUUUGCUGGGUUAUGACAGGACCUCAAAAUUUAGAGAAAAAGGCCAAGCAUGUCAAAGCUACUUGGGCCCAGCGUUGUAAUAAAGUAUUGUUUAUGAGUUCAGAAGAAAAUAAAGACUUUCCUGCUGUGGGAUUAAAAACCAAAGAAGGCAGAGAUCAACUAUAUUGGAAAACAAUUAAAGCUUUUCAGUAUGUUCACGAUCAUCAUUUAGAAGAUGCUGAUUGGUUUAUGAAAGCAGAUGAUGAUACAUACGUUGUACUAGACAAUUUGAGAUGGCUUCUCUCAAAAUACAGUCCUGAACAACCCAUUUACUUUGGGAGAAGAUUUAAACCCUUUGUAAAGCAGGGCUAUAUGAGUGGAGGAGCAGGAUAUGUACUGAGCAAAGAAGCCUUGAAAAGAUUUGUAAGUGCAUUUAAGACAGAGAAAUGCACACAUAGUUCCUCCAUUGAAGAUUUAGCACUGGGGAAAUGCAUGGAAAUUAUAAAUGUAGAAGCAGGAGAUUCCAGAGAUACCACUGGAAAAGAAACUUUUCAUCCCUUUGUACCAGAACACCACUUAAUCAAGGGUUAUCUGCCUAGAACCUUUUGGUACUGGAAUUACAACUUUUAUCCUCCUGUAGAGGGUCCUGGUUGCUGUUCUGAUCUUGCAGUUUCUUUUCACUAUGUGGAUUCUACAACUAUGUAUGAGUUAGAAUACCUCAUAUAUCAUCUUCGUCCAUAUGGUUAUUUAUACAGAUAUCAACCCGCCUUACCUGAGAGUAAUGUAAAGGAUACUGUGUCAGAUGUAAAAAAAUGAAAAUCUAAAAGUAAAAGUGGGAAAAACAUAAAUGAACUAUGGUAAAAUUCUUGGCAUUGUGCUGAAUAACUUGUUGAACACUGGAAUCCCAGUGAGGAAUUCCUUGUAAUCGAAGAUUCUAUAUUACACAUCUUGCAUAUGAAUGACUGUAAACUGAAGCUUUAAGUAAGCUGUGAAGUCUGAUAAAAUGUGUUUUCAUAUUGUUUAUACACACACGUUUAUAUGUAUAUAACUUGUCUUUUUAAAAUGAUGGUCACACAGAGGAACUGGAAAAGAGUUUGUUGCCUCUUCUGACCACAUGUGUUAUUUUCAUUGAGAAACUGAAACAUUCAAAUUGGCUAAAUCUACACUGCACCAUAUUAGUAACACAUACAUGAUGCUAAAUGGAUCUGCCUUAAAAUUUAGAAGGAAAUGCUGUUGCUCAGUGUUACUUAGAAACUCAAAAUAUGAGUUAAUAUUUCAGUAUGAUAUAAGUGAACUACUCACACACAUACUCACACACAGUUUUUUGUAAUGAAAACUUUGCUGACUAUAAUUGGCAGUAUUCCUUUCAAAAGAAGGUAAAAUAAGAAUGGCACUUAUCCUCAAGUUAAUUAAAAAAACACAUUUGAAAAUUAUUGUGGGCUGCCUUGACUGUAUUAUAUACUUGGUUCUAAUUAGUAUCUUUUGCCAAGUCCCUCUUGUCUCUUUUCUAAAUAUGUUUAGCCACUCUUUAAUAUUAUUCUCAACUGUUUACUCAGAGCAUCAAUAGUGUUCUAUAAACAUGCAUUUUAAAAUCUUCUGUUCCCAAAUUUACCCAUUUUUGCAUUUGGGUAAUAGUAAACUUAGCUUUGGGAGCAUGCUUUUCUUUUUCUAUUUGCUUGUUUGGGGGCCACACACAGCGGUGCUCAGAGCCUACUCCCUGCUGGUACUUGGAGGUGGCUUCUGGUGGUGCUCUGGGGACCAUGCAGUGCCCGGGAUUGAAUCUGGCAUCCCACAUGCUUUGCAUGCGCUCAGUUCAUGAGCUAGCUCUGUGGCCUGGAGAUGCUUUUAGUAACAUUGCAGUGCCACUCUCAGGAAUUACUGACAUUUAUAAUUGGUUAUUUAAGACUUCUUCCAGCUACAUAAUUACAGUUCCUUUCAAUUCUCACCCAGAUAGAUGAGAACAUGUUUGUGCCUUUCAUAACUUGUUUAAAACUGUUUUGAAAUUCAUUUUUACAAUGUGAGGUGGCUGUUACUCUAACAAAAUAAUUUGACUGCAAUAUGUUGACCGGAGUUAAUUAAAAACAUUAAAAUAUACUUUAGAGCUUACAGAAACUGAAAUAUGUCAGAUAUUGAAGUACCAAAUAUUUAAUUUAUUAAUAAUACCCAGAACUGUGAUGCUGACUUGCAAUUUGUGGUUCAUUGUUUUGCCAGUGAGUAAUUCUGGUCAAGCAGAAUGCCCCUUCCAAAUUGUCACCAAAAUCAUUUUUGUAAAUGUUUGAUUUUAAUGACUCUCAAUUUAAAGAAUUUCUAGAAGAAAAGAAAAUUAAAACUUUUUGCUAUCUUGGCUGUAUUUGCUCAGUUAUCUAAGAAUACUUUAUAAUUACAAGAUUAUUUUUUGUUACAAUUGACUUACAUUUCUCUAUGUUCAUCAUAUGUAAGAUGCCUGUUACUCCACUGACCUUGCAACUUAAGUAGCUUCUGUUUAUUGUGCUAGUUCAUGUCAAAACCAUGACCUCUUUGGAUGGUAUAUUUGAAAUGUAGUUCAUUUAGUGGCUAGUUGUAGAUUCCACAUAGUGAGAGCCGACACCAGUUUUUAAUCUGUUAAAUGUUUUUUUCAUUAUUUUCUUGGUGUUAACCAGCCAAAAUUACAUGACAUUCUAUAAAUAGCUCUUCAUCUUGGUGUGGAUAUUAAUUUAUGGGCAGUCGCUGUAUAUUUAUUACUGCUUUUUUUGUACUGUAAAUGCAUUUGCCACAAAUGUUGAAAAAAAAACUUAAGAGUUGAUUCAGAAGAGAUUAGCAUUGUGAUGAGUCCCAGACUCUGGAGCUAGGAUACUUGGGUUUAAAUUCUUGCUUUAUCUCUUAACUAGUUUUGUGACCUUGAGCAAUUUACUUAUCUCUCAGUGCCUCAAUUUCCUCAUCUGUAUAUUAGGAAUAAUAAUACUACCUACCUCACAGGACUAUUAGAAGGAUGAAAUGAGUUUAAAAAAUAUAUAUGUAUAUGUAUAUGUGUAUAUAUAUACAGCUUUUAGAACACUGACCCAAAUGAUGGAGCAAUAACUGUAAGGUUUUGUCAUUAUUCUGUUACCUUGGAGUGUAAAUAUUGAUUAAAAUGAAUGAAAAAUCUACUUUAAUAAAAUCAUUUUGAAGGUACUAUUUCUUAACUAACUGAUACUAGCUAGUUUUUAUCUAGUGCCUACUUCUUGUUUGCCAGGAACUCUGCUUAUUCUGUGGACAUUAGUGUUAAUCCUUACAAAUUGGGUGUUGUGCCCAUGUUAUAGAUGGGAAAAUUGAGGCACAGAGACUUAAACUAACUUUUCACUGUGACAGAGCUGUUAAGUAACAUAGCUAGGGUUUUUAUUCACAACCUUUAUAUUCUUUGUGUCAGUUUUGAGGUUAGUCAUUUAGCAUUACUUCUGUGUUGAUUUAUGUGAUAAGUAUCAUUUAUUUCCUUGGCCAGUACCAGUCAUGUUAUUCAGCCAAAUUGUUACAGUGGUUCUCAAUUGUGGUUCUUACACUCUUGCUGGGAGCAUGUUAAAAUGAAGAUUUAAAAACUGCGGUCCCCCAAAAUCUGAUUCUGGUGGUGGCAAAGGAAUAUGAUGUAUUGUUACUAGCUAGUUUGAAAAUUGCCCUGAGAUCCAGAUGAUUCUCUUGCCGAAAGUUCUUGAAACUUGAGAAUUACUGCCCCAUCAAAGAUUUAGAGAAAGCAUUUUUUAAAUUAGUAUAGUGCAACAUCAUUCUAUAUUAAUGUAAAAAGACUUUAAAGAUCACCUAGAAGGUCAGUGGAUCAUUUUUUUUCAAACUUCUUUAGCUUUUCAGAGUGGCUAGGGUUAACAGAAAUUUUUUUCUCAAAAUUUAGUCAUUGAUUUCACAUUAGGUCAGGAAGAUUCUUUUACAUUCUAGUAAUACUAAUUCAUUAAAAUGAUACGUAAACGAAUUACAUCAGAAUUGACCACAGUUGUUAGUCAAAACAAAUUUUAAGAGAUAACAAAAUGCUAUUUUGUAAUAUACAGAAUGUUUUCUGCUAAUUCACUCUACUGAAGUUUCAUCAUUUUCAUAAUUCAUUUGACUGUUCUAUAUAAUGUAAUAAAGCAGAAAUUUCUUCAAAUAUUUAUAGAGCAUAUAAAAUCAGAUUUUAUGAUGAUACAGACUUACUGUCUUUUAAAAUAAGAUCUUAGUCAUUGGGAUAAAUGACUUUACUGUGGUCUGAAAACUAAAGGCUUUUGCUGUCAUGUUCUCCAUUAGCAGUAUACUUGUGUUUUUAAGGGAAGAUUCAUAAAGUUCAAUUUUUGAGUUGAAUACAUAAAAUUGUAUUCAGAAGUCAAUACAAAGUGGACUUUUGACACAAAGUUCAAUAUUUUUUUUAAAAUAUUAAGUUUCAGAGGAGUAUGUUGCAUUAAGUACAUAUGAAAAUAAAUCACCAUUUAUAAAUAUUUUUAAUUAUGAUAAUUGAAUCAGCAUGAAAUUUGCUAACUGGCUAUUUUUAUAAGUGUUUCUUGAGUAUUUUUUACUUCCUUGAUUCUAUCAAAUUAUAUUAGUACCAGAUUGAAGCUUAAAAUUUCUCAGUGAUUUUGUUUUCUGACUUUUCAUUCCUUAUUUAAAUUUUCUUUUUGAUUAUUCUUUGAUAACAUUUUUGCUUCUUUGUAUUUAUUUCCCUUCUUUAUUUCCCUGAUAAUUUCAAUUUUUUAGCUAUUCUUAAGACUGCUUUCUAAAGGUUAAUUUGGAUGUUAUCAAUAAAUAGAAUUUGUUUCACUUACAGAUUAUUUUAUACCUGUUACAUUUUUAUUUUCACUUUGAUUUUUUCUUUGAAAUUGAAAGUAGUAAAUUAAGAAUAAUGCUUGCUAGUUGUCAGGAUGUUUGCCCUACUUAAUCUGUCGUUUUAAGCUAAUUUUAGAUAGUUGUUGAAUGAAGGAAAAUCAAAGUAUUUGUAUUCCACAAAUUACCCCAUCCACCUAAUACAUAAUUAUUCUCUUUAUAAACAACCCAACACCCCAUCUCCAAGCCCUCAGAUACACCUCAUUUGGCUAAUUUUUCUUUAGAAUAGACUUGAAAGAAAUAUAUUUAAAUCUGGUGACAACCUGUGGUUUAUUUUAUGUUAAAUGUAAUUUCAAUGGAUUAAAAACAAAUGACAUUUUCUAUAUCAGAGUUGAAAUAGAAAUUUUAAUAAGGUUAGAAUAAAAAAAUAGAAAUUCUCUUUAGAGAAAUAAACUAUAAAAUUAGUUUUAGAGUUUAAUAGUGCCUCUAUUUCAACUCCUUCACCUCUCUAGUUUUCAUUUAAGUUUAAAUAACUUUGCAGAGACCUGCAAAUUAAUAAUUCAUAGAAUAUUAUUAGAGGGAAACUAAUUUUACUGCUAAGCAGUGUGUUAUAUUGCACAGUGAAUGUUUGGGAAUUUAAAAUUUAUAUAAGGUAUAGUAUGAGUGUUUUAAAAAUGUUUGGUGACUUGCUUAUCUUAAGUGAUCACCAAUAAGUCAGAAAAAAUGUAUUUUCAAAUGUUUUUUAAAGUGCCUUUUGAACAUUUUAUUAAAUGAUGGAUUUUUUUAACUGCAUAAAAUAAAUUACCAUGUUUAAAGUUGUUUUAUC